AUUCACAAUGGGAGCCAGUCUCUCAGGAGAAGAAGCAGCAAUAGUAACAUUAUUAACGCAAUUAUUAACAAAAAGGGGUGUAAAAAUAUGACCCAUUUAAGAUAAAGCUACUAUUAAAGUUUUUGCAAAAACAAGGGGUCCCCUCGACGGCCUCAGCUAUAUUCGAUGUAGAGACUUGGGAACAAGCGGGGGAGAAAGUGUGGGAGGCAGCAUCAAGCGGGGAUGCGACCGCUGCUGAGGUUAUGACCACGUGGCGCCUGGUAACGGAGACUUUAAGAGCGUGGCAGGUGGAAAAGAAGGUACAGAGCGCCACCGCCCGGGAGAUCCUGAUAGCAGCUCCGGGAUCGGAGUCUGAUGAGCCACCAGAGCAGGACAAUUUAAUAGACUUGGGGGACGAUCAAGAAGAGGGUCGCGAACCCGCACUGCUUAGCCCUACUCCACGAGCCCCCUCGGCUCCCACAUUGCCCCACCUUAACAAUGCCUCCCUGGGAGUUCGAGUUUUUGAUCCACGGGAGCGAUGGGAGCAGGUAUGCCGGGAAGCAUUAAAGGACGGGGACCCAAUAGGAAUGGCUUUCCCGGUAGAAGUGCAUGCCAACGGUCCAAAUGAGUAUCACACUUUUCAAUGGGAUUUAAUUAAAGAAUUACGAAAGACGGUGACUACGUACGGGUUGCACGCACCGUUUACACAGUCGUUGUUAGAGAACGUCAUGACUGGUCAAUUGUUAGUGCCCUACGACUGUCGCCAGAUUGCCGCAAUGAUUUUAACCCCAACACAAAAGUUGCUGUGGGAACAAAAGUGGAAAGAAGGCUGCGAAACGGCCGCCUUACAAAAUCUGGAGAGACAGCCUGGCGACCCUCUUAUGGGAGCCGGGAUCCCACAACUAAUGGGGACUGAGCCAUUGCUGGACCCGAGAUUGCAGGCUAGGCUCAAUGAUGCCAUCUUGCGGCAGUCUGCGUCUCUGGCUCUCCAGGCAAUGUUGAAAUUACCAGAAGUAGGAAAAGUUGAACCCUCAUUUACGAGUAAUAAACAACAAGUAAGCGAACCGUACAUGCAAUUUACCGAUAGAUUGUGGGACGCUGUAGAUAAACAGGUCGACAAUCGCGAGGCAAAAGAGGCAUUGAUGUUAAAAUUGGCUGUAGAAAACGCAAACACGGACUGUAAAAAGAUACUCCAAGCGUUACCAGUUAAUACUACGUUAGUGCAGAUGAUAGAGGCGUGUAACCGAGUUGGAUCGGUGGAACACCACACUGCCGCCUUAGCUGGAGCCUUUGCGGCAGCGCUUCAAAUCAUGGGUAAACGUUGUUUCCGCUGUCAAGCUACAGGACACCUUGCUGUCGAAUGCCCCCAGCGGGGCAUGGGGGGAGGCCGCGGUAACCCUGCUCCCCCCUCUGCUUGUCCCCGGUGUGGAAAAGGGUGGCACUGGGCUAGCCAGUGUUGCUCGAGAUGUAACACAGAAGGUCGGUCCCUGCAAUCGCGGCAGGGAAACGGGAGGCAGAGCGUGGGGCAGGGCCGUGGGACGACACAAGUGCCCCGGUCCUCGGCGGUGGGCAGGCUGCCCUCAUGGGACCCGCCUCAAGUAAUGAUGACAGCCGGAUCACAACAACAGCAGAGCACCGCUCCAGUGGCCUCGCCAAAUAUAUCACCGUGGAUUCCCUCACUGCCAAAACCUGAGGAAGCGCCGGUUUGGAUGUCUCCACAGUAGAGGACUGCACCCUUUGGGACACUCGGGUGCGCAAAAUAAUGCUGAACAUUAAGGGAUCAAUAGGUAAAGGAUAUAGCGCGCUCCUGUUGGGACACUCAAGCACCACCUUGACAGGACUUUUUGUACUGCCUGGAGUUAUUGAUGCUGAUUAUGAAGGGGUCAUACAAGCCAUGGCAUGGACUCCCUCGCCACCGGUGCUCGUGCCAAAGGAUACCAGAAUUGCCCAGUUAAUAUUAUUUAAAGCAACGGUUCCCCAAGCAGAACAGUGCGAGCGACGUGACAGGGGUUUUGGGUCAACAGGACCCCCGUCAGUCUUCUGGGCCUCGACCAUUGCCACCAAAAGACCUAUAUUGACCCUGACACUACAUCACCCGACCGCCGACCCCCUGAAUGCCCCAGUCACAGUGUUAAUGGAUACAGGGGCAGAUGUAACAGUAAUAGCCCUAAAGGACUGGCCCAGCGGAUGGCCGUUGGAUUCAACUGCAAAAGGCCUCAUGGGGGUGGGUGGCGUUUCCAAUACUUGCCAAAGUAAAUAUAUGCUUACCGUUAAAACUCACGAAGGUUCGGCAUGCCAUGUUCGGCCAUAUGCUGCCCCAAUACCUGUCAGCCUCCUGGGAAGAGAUGUGAUGGGGCAGGGCGAUUUCACCCUGAGCUCUCCGGAAAAUUUUCGAUAGCGGCCAUUGACGAGCGACCACUCAUGAAACUCACCUGGAAAACUGAGAAGCCAGUGUGGGUGGAUCAAUGGCCGCUUCCAGCGGAAAAGGUCGCUGUUCUCCAAGAACUUAUUAAAGAGCAAUUGAAAUUAGGACAUAUCACCCCCACAACUAGUCCUUGGAACUCACCAAUAUUUGUGAUCAAAAAGAAAAAUGGGAAAUGGCGACUGCUCUAUGACCUGCGCCAGAUAAACAAUGUCAUGGAAGACAUGGGAGCUCUCCAGCCCGGAUUGCCUUCCCCUACUAUGCUCCCUCGAAAUUGGAAUAUACUAAUUAUUGACUUGAAGGAUUGUUUUUUUACUAUACCACUUCACUCUGAAGAUGCUCCCUGAUUUGCCUUUUCAGUCCCAAAAAUCAACAGGAGUGAACCCAUAGACAGAUAUCAGUGGACUGUACUACCCCAAGGGAUGAAAAAUUCCCCAACUAUAUGCCAGACAUACGUUGCAGAAGCUUUGCGCCCUGUGCGAAGGCAAUUCCCUCACGUGUACAUUUAUCACUAUAUGGACGAUAUAUUGCUCUCCAGCCCAUCCAAGAGCUUAGCGCAAGAAGUGCUGCCUGUUUUACAGCAGGAGUUGCAAAAAAGAGGGUUACAAUUGCGCCAGAAAAAAUCCAGACGGAAGCGCCUUGGAAAUAUUUAGGCUGGAAGAUAUUACAACAGAGUAUUCAACCCCAAAAUGUAGCCAUCACAACGGAAAUCCGCACGCUGAAUGAUGUCCAGAAGCUUAUAGGAAAUAUCAAUUGGAUACAAACGCUCUGCGGCAUUGAUAAUCAGACCUUAGCACCAUUGUUUGAACUUCUGAAGGGGGACACGGACAUUAAUGCACCCCGAAACAUGACUAAUGCGGCCAGAGUAGCUUUAAGCAACGUUGAGGAAAAAAUUUCAGCCCAACAAUGCCAACGACGCGCAGAAAACUUACCCAUUCAGCUCUACAUAUGCAACCAGAAUCCGCAACCUUUAGCUAUCAUCGCGCAAUGGGAUCCCGCCGCAGCAAAUCCACUAUUGUUACUAGAAUGGGUGUUCUUACCUCAUCAACCUACUAAGACAUUCGCGACUCGCAUUGAAAUGUUUGCAGCCUUAAUUAAGAAGGGCAGAGAACAUAUCGUAGAGAUAGCUGGAGAGGAACCAAAAAGCAUUGUUAUCCCGAUAGUUAAGGACUACCUCGACUGGUGCCUCCAGAAUAGCAUUGAGCUGAAAGCAGCCCUUUCGGGCUUUGAUGGUCAAUUAGAUAUACACCUCCCAUCUCACAAAAUGUUCACCUUUUAUAAUAAUGUACAACUCGAGGUUAAACCCCUAUGUAGAUGGUACCCUGUCCAAGGACAAACUGUAUUCACUGAUGGGUCAGGACGAACGGGAAAAGCAGUAGUUACAUGGGAACAAGGGGGCCAGUGGAAUCACAUAAUGGAAAACAUUCAAGGCUCCCCACAAAUAGUAGAAUUACAUGCAAUAAUAUUGGCAUUUAAACAAUGGCAUCAGGUCCCAGUGAAUAUUGUGUCAGAUUCACAAUAUGCGGUGGGAAUGGUACAACGAAUUGAAAGAUCUCAAAUCAGGCACAUUCAGAAUGAAGCACUAUUUGCAAAAUUCAAGGAAUUGCUAUUCCUUGUUGAGCAACGUACCCAUCCAUACUGCAUAAUUCAUAUUAGGAGUCAUACCACCUUACCAGG